GUUCAUCGCUGUCACGCAGCCGAUCAAAUAUGCAAAGCAUAAACAAUCCAAACGUGUGCCGUUUACGAUCGUGCUCGUCUGGGCCAUCUCUGCAGCCAUCGGCAUCCCGAUAGCCACGGGCCUUAACCAGGUCGAGGGUCGCAACGAGCAGCUGUGCGUGUUUUACAACUCAGACUUCAUCAUCUAUUCGUCGAUCAGCUCCUUCUACAUUCCCUGCAUCAUCAUGGUCAUUCUCUACUACAAGAUCUUCAAGGUGAUUCGAGAGCGCGCGCGCAAGUCAGCCGACAACGCGAAGCGCAACCGCAUGUCGCGCAACGCCGGCACGAUCGAGAACACGGCCGUGACGCUGACGAUGACGAAGACGGACGGCGCGACGAGCGCCGACGCCGUUAAGUCGCCAGGGGGCGCCAAUCGCGUCGGCGAGGAGCCGACAAACACGGGCAGCGGAAGCCAGGAGUCGACGUCCGGCGAGCACGGUCACCACGAGCCGACGAGCGCGUGUGCCGACGACGACGACGACGACGACGACGUCGACGACGACGAGCACGACCACGUCGUGCCCGACAUGGUCAUCGAGAAUCGGCGGCCACGCGAACUGCACAGUCCUCAGAGCGAGGACGGGGUCGUUCCACCGAACUCCGACUCGGGUUACUGCGCGCCGACAGGCGUUGAGGUCGAGACGAAGUUCGGAACGGUGACACCCGGCUCACCGCGGCGGACGUUUCUAACGCCGCCGAAGACGACGCAGGUGGCCGCUCACACUGUCGUCAAGAACAAUGGAACGACGUCGGGCAAGGUGGAGCACAAGAAGGUGCUGCCUGUGCCGCGCAACGUCACCAAGUUCAGCUUCGGCAAGACCAAGCGUUCCGGAAGCAAGAAGCGCAAGGACAAGCUGGCGGCGAAGAAAGAGAAGAAGGCGACGAAGACGCUCGCCAUCGUGCUAGGUAGGUUUGU